GUGAUUGAAAUCUGACUCAAUCAAGGAACUCUUUCAGAUAAUCUGAUUCCUCUGUUUGAAGUUGAAGCAUGGACAGUUCCAGAGCCAGAACUGGGAACUGACUGCCCAAUAAAUUCCAUGUUCCUGAAAAUGGGCCUAACGGGUUUAUCAGAGGAUCUACCUAGAGCAAGAACGGCUGGGCCUACUAGGGGCGGUCAUAGGCCCGAUCAGAUGCUCAUUUAUUUGUAGUUAGCCAGGUUUUAGCAGAAAGGUUCGUACAGUUCCAUUUUGAGUAACACCCUAAUUGAUAAAUCUUGGUAUGGUCUCUAUCGCCCACGAUCAACGACCAUAGUACCACUUCUCAUUCCUACACUGAAGCUUGCUCUAUGAUGUCAAUUCCUAUGUAUUUUUUAUUUUUUUUAUGUAUACCAAUGUGUUUGCUUACAGCUGACAAUUAACAUCGAUUUCCAGUAGCCAGGGACGGAAGUUCGAAAGGGACAAAUCUUGUAGUUGCAACCAAAGGGAAACUAUCUUCUUUCUGAAACACCAUUUAUGACAAGGCCGGCAGAGACAAAGUGUGCAAACUCCUUCCUUGGAAUCAUCGAUUCGCUUCUCCUGAUCUGCUCUUUAGAGAGAAGCAUCUUGGAAUAUGUCCAAUGGACAAAUUCCUUUUGAACGUUUGAUCUGUUUUCUAGUUCUAUGGACCCUUCCACUCGACCUCUUGAAAACAAUGCAAAAUAAGCUUUCCUAGGAUGCUGAUAAAACAAGAGCAGAACAAAUGCGUGAUAUAGAAGUAUAGGUGAUCACAAGAAAGAGAUGUUACCCUCUCAACAUAUCAGCCAGCAGGAUUUUCAUGCACAAAAUCUGUAAUUUGUUCUUUUUAAAAAAAUUCAUCAUAAAACACAAUCCUCUUCCUUCCUCAUAUCAAGAAGCAUACUCUCGGAACCUCGAUCUUUUUAACUAUGCCCAGGUCCGACUACUCCAUUGGUUCGCCUUCACAUAAUUCUGCAGCAGAUUUGGAAGCAUAUUCUGUGAGGUUCGUUCACACGUUGUCUGGAGCGGGGCGGAUUCUGCCAUCUGAUAGCCGGUGGAAUUCCAUAGAACUCAGCUUCGGCAGCCUUCUUCCUCAGUCACAUCCCAAUGCUUAUGGAUCUGUCCCCUCCAGAUUGUCGAAGUCCUACGACUAUGAUCUUGUUAUCACCGAUAAGCAACACUUCAAGCGUUUUCUCUACAUCGCCAUCUCAAUAGUACUUGUUGUCCUUGCACUUGUUCUGCUGGUUCUCUUUCUUCCGCGGAAGCAUAAGCAUGAUGGACCCUCCAAGAAUCUCACUCUUGCAGUGAACCAGGCACUUAAAUUCUUUGAUGCUCAAAAGUCUGGGUAUUACCCAAAGACCAGUCCCGUGAAAUUUCGAGGAGAUUCGGGAUUGCAAGAUGGGAACGCUACGCAGGCUGGCCUUUUAGGUGGUUUUUAUGACUCUGGGAACAACAUAAAGUUCAGCUUCCCAACUGCGUACACGGUCACCUUAUUGAGUUGGAGCAUGCUUGAAUAUCAUGAAAAGUAUGCCGAUAUUGGUGAGCUAGAUCAUGCGAGAGACAUUAUCAGAUGGGGCAGUGAUUACUUAUUGAAGCUCUUUAUUCCACCAAAUGCUACUUCGGAUCCCAUCUUGUAUUCUCAGGUUGGAGGUGCUAAGAAUGAUACUGAGGGUGGUGAUAAUGACACAAUUUGCUGGCAAAGACCUGAAGACAUGAGCUAUGUAAGACCUGUUUCAUCUUGUGACAUGGCGGCUUCGGACUUAGCAGGGGAAGUAGUUGCAGGAUUAUCGGCAGCAUCUUUAGUGUUCAAAGAUGAAAAAGACUAUGCAAUACGAUUGACAACAGCGGCAGAAACUUUGUUUGAGCUUGCAAUCAAAGAAGAUCCAACGAAACAAGGGACCUACACCGCAGUUGAUGAGUGUGGCGGGGACGCCAGAGCGUUUUACAAUUCAACAAGCUUCAAAGAUGAUUUGGUGUGGGGAGGGACUUGGUUGUUCUUUGCUACCGGGAAUCCAUCCUAUCUUGAAUACGCUUCUCGCAAUUUCAGUUUGGCCUUGCAAGAGGAAAGGACUAGUGAGAGAGGGCUGUUCUAUUGGAACAACAAGCUCCUCGGCAGUGCGGUAUUGCUUGCGCGACUUCUAUAUUUUCGUGACCUCGGCUACCCUUACAAAGAUUCUUUUGCAUCAUCAGCGAACAUGACCGAGUCAGUCCUCUGUUCAUAUCUAUCGGAUCAAAGCUUCAAUAGGACACAGGGUGGAUUAAUACUCUUGAAACCAGAUUCUUGGUCACCACUGCAAUAUGCAGCGACGGCGUCAUUUCUCAGUAAGCUGUAUAGUGACUACCUCAAUCUUCUCCACAGGACGGGAGGGGUGUGCCAUGACCGAGCAUUCUCAGUCAAGAUGUUGCAGAGCUUCUCUUCUUCUCAGAUUGAUUAUAUCCUGGGAGAUAAUCCAAUGAAAAUGAGCUACAUGGUUGGCUUCGGAGGCCAGUACCCGUUGCAAGUUCAUCACAGGAGCGCAUCGAUCCUGUGGGAUGGUCAGAAGUACUUGUGCAGCGAGGGAGACAGAUGGCUGCACUCCAAAGACCCCAACCCGAAUGUUCUUUUGGGAGCUAUGGUGGGUGGACCAGACAAGUUUGAUCAUUUCAUAGACGAAAGGGACAAACCGUGGUUCACUGAGCCGAGCAUUGCGAGCAAUGCAGGUCUGGUCGCGGCACUUAUCGCACAUCAUGAUCCUCCUCAACAUGCCGUGGAUUCGGGCGGCAUUAAUUUGGGAUUAGAUCAGAUGGGGAUUUUUGAAAAGGUUCAUCAGAGUACCUGACUUCAUUGGGAAUAAUGCAAGAUAGCACUAGCUAUCAAGGGAAGCCAAAGAUGAGAGAGGAGACGCAUAAAUUUGUUCUAACUGAUUGCUGAGAUCAUGUGAAUGUGAUUUACAGAAAUAAUGAGCUUUAUGUAAUUAGGUCAUUCCAACAUUUUAACUUUUGAACUUGGAUUUAAAUGUUUUGAAGAAAUGCCUCCAGGAACUCUACU